GUUACUGAUCUGGGACUUUGACAACCAGCUAGGGUAAGAAGGUUCAGGAUUCUGGAGAACUAGCCUAAAGCCUCAAAAUAUUACUUAACCUGGACGGAGAAGUCACUUGUUUGCUUCGGGCAAUUCAAAGACACGCAAACUCAGGAUCAUCUGCACAGCACCGGGUGGAAGUGUUACUCCAAACUCUAGAAAAUCAAAUCUGUUGCAACGCUGCCUCAAGCAAAGAAUGAGGUUACUACACCUGCUACUGGUGGGCUUCAGCCUGGGUUUUCCAGGAGCAGGGGGCUUUGUGACCCAUGUGGAGAGUGGCUGUAUGCUGGAUGAAGAAGGAUCAGCAAAGGACUUCACAUAUUGUAUCUCCUUCAACAAGGAUGUGUUGACCUGCUGGGACUCGGAGACUAACAAGAUGGUCACUGUCGAUUUUGGAAUACUGCAUCAAUUGGCUGAGGAGAUUUCUGUUGCCCUUAAUAACGAUAGUGCUCUGAUGGACCGCCUGAGCAAAGGAUUCCAGGACUGUGCCAGUCACACAAAGCCCUUCUGGGGCUCGUUGACCCAAAGGACGCGGCCACCAUCAGUGCAAAUAGCUCAGACCACACCAUUUAACACAAGGGAGCCAGUGAUGCUGGCCUGUUAUGUAUGGGGCUUCUAUCCUGCUGAUGUGGCUGUUUCAUGGCUGAAGAAUGGGCAGCCUAUUCCAGACAGUGGCAUCCAGAGGGCUGUACAAUCCAAUGGGGACUGGACUUAUCAGACACGAUCCUACUUGGCCCUUACUCCCUCUAGUGGGGAUAUUUAUACUUGCCAUGUAGAGCACAGUGGGACUUCCCAGAGCAUCUUACAGACCUGGACACCUGGCCUCUCUCUGAAGCAGACAGUGAAGAUCUCUGUAUCUGUGCUGACUCUAUGCCUUGGUCUCGUCGUCUUCUUCCUUGGCCUGGUUGCCUGCCGAAAAGCUGGCUCCUCUGACUACACUCCUCUCUCGGGGUCCAAUUAUCCUGAAGGUAGAAACUUCUUGUAAAGGCUGAUGCGCUGCGGCCUCGGCUCAGUGGGUAGAGUGCUGGGCCUGCUAUCAAGAAGACCUGAAUUCAAAUGCGGCCUCAGACACGUGCUGCAUGAGCCUGGGCAAACCCCGUGACAUGUCUGCCUCAGUUUCCUUAUCUGUAAAAUGGGGCUAAUAACAGCACCUACUUCCCAGGGUUGUUGUGAGGAUGAAACGAGAAUAAUUGUAAAGUGCUUGGCACAUAGUGGGCAUCAUAGAAAUAUUAGGCAUUUUUUUUGUCCUUUCCAAUUAGGAAUAAGACCUCAGCUCUUGUUGGUUACCAACUAACUCCCAUACGCACUUCCUAUACCCUUCUCCUUACUCCCCAAAAUGCCUCCUCCCUAAUUAAUGUCAUCCUUUUCUUGGGUUCUGUUCACUUUUCCCUUAGACACCUUGCCAAACCAUUCCUCCUCGUUUUGGGCUACUCAGGGGAAACUCCCCCUUGAGGCUGUCUGAAAACAGGAGGUGGGGUAGAAAGUACCUGUCCGUAAGGUUUAAAGGAAGGAAAAGGGACACCAUUUUGACUCCUAUUUUACAAUUGGGGAUACUGAGUCAGUAAGUAAUCUCUGUGGAAUAAAUCUUAGAGCUCUUUGUGUCUAA